UUUGAAAUAUCAUUCAUGUUAUUAAUAAUAUUUGGAGUACUCACUUUGAGUUUCAAUAUUUUUCAAAUGUUCCAGGUUGCAACAUCAGGAUAUAAUGCCGAACAAUUUUUAUCACAAUUUAUAAUUGUAUUAGCUUGUACUUUAUACAUGUUUUUAUCUAACUUCGUCGGACAAGAAAUUAUAAAUCAUAAUAAUGAAGUAUAUGGCACUGCAUAUAAUAUUUGCUGGUAUACAGCUCCUCUACAUAUACAAAAACUAAUACUGUUUUUACUACAAAGAGGUAGCAAAUCUUUUAGUCUAAACGUCGGCGGAUUGUUUGUAGCAUCUUUAGAGUGCUUUGCUACGUUGCUGAAGACAUCCGUAUCUUACUUUACCAUUAUGUAUUCAAUCCAAUAA